UAAACUAAAUUGAAAUCAUUAAAAAAAAAAUCCCAAAUCUCAAGGUAUAGUCCACGUUAUAAAUACACACUUAUUUAUCCCUUCUACUCCAUUUUAUCUUCGUCCCAUUCUCUAUCUCUCUUACAGUUUUCUGUUUCACUCUGUUUUUGUUUUGUUUUACCCUCACAACAUGUCUGUAAUACUUGGCCAAGCUUACGACCAUCUUCUCAAGAAGCAGAUAAGCCAAAACGCUGACGUGGGUGGAUGGAGUUUCCUGCAAUCUCUCUGUGAAGCCAAAGGCAUUGUCCGAAACAGAGAAGACCAAACAAAGAAAACGUCUUACGUCCACCCAACUGAUCAGAAGCUGUCCGUAGCUAAACUGAGCCUCGAGAUGUGCACAGAGAGUCUCGGUACCGAGAGUGGGAGUGAAACUGGAGACGAGAUCUCGUUGCUUGCGCUGGAAGCAACCAAUAUACCAAUGCUUCCUGUUAAGAGAACACCACGAGAAGAAACUUACCCUAAAGUACGUGAAAACAGUUUCCCCCCGCCGUUAAAAUCCGUGAAAGGGUUUAACCAUAGCCGCAUGGUGAAAUCUUAUACAGAAGAUGGUCGUCUUGUAGUUCAAGCAAUUAGGGUUUGCUCACCGCCUCGUUGCUUUGUAUCUAAACGUUGUGAAGGAAGGCUUCGUCUCUGUUUGUCAGAUAAUGAAUCCGAAUUUGAAGCUCAUGACGAAGAUGAAGACAACGAGAAUGGACCAGAAGAUGAUGCAGAGGAGGAGGACGAGGGUAAAAUCGGAAAUAACAAAUUUAGAAGGCCAAGAAGGAGAAGCAAUGAAAAUGGAUGCGAGCCUAAAACCAUGCAUGACUGGCAGCAGCAACAAUUUUGGGUGAUUACAUGAUGGGAAACUCAAGUCGGCAAUUUUUAUAUACAAUACAAUAAGAGCCAUACAAUAAUUACAUAUAUAUACCUUUGAGUUAGUAUGGCUUAUGAGUGUUUUCUACGUCCCAUUGUUUUACUGGCUACGGCUUCCAAAUAUUCUACAUUGAUACUAUAUAUUUUUCAUUUAAAAAAAAAAUAUUCCUCAUUUGUUUUAAAUUUUAAGUUGUUUUGUAUGUCAUAACUCAUUUGAUUAUACUUAGUACAAGGUUAUGCCAAGAUUCAGAGCCAUAAUAUAACACAGUAAGUUAAUAAUCUUAUUCGGACUCAUCCGUCCAAUCUUAUUUGAGAAGAGUUUGUAUUCUAGUGGUCCCUUUUUCAAAAACGAUUGUCAGAGAUCGAAUGUUCGUCUCGUCAGUGUGGUGUACUAUGUCUUUGUAGAAAGAGUUCCAAAGGUCACCUGUAUACG